AUGGUGGAUACAAAACCGACCCCCGCACGACACUCUCACGAUGUAGAGAAGGAUGAGGUUAUACAUUUGGAGAGAUUGAGUUCUCAUCCAGCUUCAAAUGAAAUCGAGAAAGGGCAGCAGUUGGUUCCCGCUGUUAGUAGAGGGCCUAUGGUUCAUGAAAAGAUGAACACUCAGCUAUUCUUGACUCUAUUAUGCAUGUCCUUUUUAUGGAUUGGUUCUCAAAUCCCUUUGUAUCUCUUUGGCUCCGUCCUUCCCAUCAUCUACCAAGACGUUGGCGGUGCGGAUCGAUAUGUCUGGUUUAUCAUCGGCUACUUGAUUCCCAAUGCCGCGCUUUGCCCCUUCGUCGGCGCGCUUUCAGAUCUCUCUGGGCGUCAGAAGGUGGCCAUUGUCGGUCAAAUGGCUCUCAUCGUAGGCCCAAUCAUUACUGCGACUGCUCAUACGAUGAACAUUGCUAUUGCCGGAAAUGUAUUCUCUGGAAUUGGCGCUGGUCUGAACGAGCUCAUUGCACUCGCGGGCACAGCCGAAGUGGUCCCCAUCAGAGAUCGAGGCAAAUACGUUGGCCUCGUUGUCAUUACCAUUCUGCCAUUCUGCCCUUCCGUCCUCUAUGCUCAGCUCAUCUCCCAGGCAAGCAACUGGCGUUACAACGGCUUGUUCGUUGGAGUUUGGAACUUCGUCGGGCUUGUUCUUUGCAUAUUCUGCUAUAAAGAUCCGUCCCGCCUUACCGAAGAGUACACUGCCCGCCAUGUGCUCCGCCAAGUCGACUACAUUGGCGGUAUUCUUAGCACAACUGGCAUUACUCUUUUCAUGAUGGGCUUGCAGUGGGGUGCAUCACAGUACCCGUGGGGAAGCGCCCACAAUGUUGCUCCUCUAGUACUCGGCCUUGCUCUCAUCAUCGCUUUCUUCGUGUGGGAGUUAUACGCGCCCUACCCUAUGGUACCGAGAGCGCUAUUCAGCAAAGCGAAGAAAACUAUGAUUAUCAUCCUUCUCAUCACAUUCCUAAGUGGUGGCAACUACUUCGUGCUGCUCCUCUUCUGGCCGACACAAGUUUACAAUGUCUACGGUGACGACCCAGUCGGCAUCGGAAUUCGCUCCCUGCCCAUCGGCUUCGGCAUUAUCGGCGGUGCAGUCAUCUGCCUGGUCCUCAUUCCCAUCACGAAUGGCCGCAUCCGCGCGCUGAUGAAUUUCUUUACUGCCAUGAUGACUGCCGGUACUGGUGCAGUGUGCGUCGCGACCCCGCAUAACCUCAACACAAUAUACGCAAUCAUCAGUUUGGCCUCUAUCGGCGUGGGCGGUGUCAUUAUACCCUCGUCCAUUAUCGCACAGAUCGCCUGCCCCGAUGAACUCAUCGCCACCAUCACCGCCAUUACUCUAUCCAUCCGGUACAUUGGCGGAGCAAUCGGAUUUGCAGUGUAUUCAAACCUGUUCUUCCGCAAACUCACCGAGUCGUUAACUCAGAUCGUCGCUAUAGAGACCCUGGCGAUGAAAGCUAUUGUCAACCCGCUCAAACCUGCAGGCUUGGGCGUCAUCACUCAGAUUACUAAGCUCAUGGGAAAUGCGCGCUUUAGCGAAGUCAAGGAGAUUCUUGCUACAAAUCCUCAGGUGUUGAAUCGAAAUGCGUAUCCGAUGAUUGUGGCAAGUGCGCAGGAGGCGUUCGCGCUAGCGUAUCGAUGGCCGUAUUGGGUGAGUAUUGCGUUUGGUGCCGUGUGCUUUGUGUUGAGCUUCUUUGUGGGAGAUAUCACGGCGCUUUUGACGGCACAAGUUGCUCACCCGGUCUGA